GUCAGAGGCACCGAUCCAAUCAGAGCUCACGUGAACUUUGAUAAAGUCCUCAGCAUCUCCACAUCAGCACUCUGACUGCUGGCCGGGGACGAGGCAGACAUGUGGAAACUGGUCUCAGUGGUUCUGCUGGUUUCAACAUGGACCAGCUGGGCGUUGGUCAGGGUCCCUCUGCGGCAGAUGAACACGAUCCGAAGUCAGCUGCGAACCAAAGGCCUUCUGGAGGCGUACCUGAAGGAUUACCACAUGGACACGUUUAACCGCCGCUACGUGCAGUGUUUCCCGCCCGGCAUCCCGUCUCUGCAGCUGGGACGCUCCAGCAUCAAAGUCUACAACUUCAUGGAUGCUCAGUAUUUUGGUAUUGUCAAGUUGGGGACUCCGGAGCAGAACUUCUCAGUGGUUUUUGACACCGGAUCAGCCGACCUGUGGGUGCCGUCGUCGUACUGCGUCUCCCAGGCCUGCAGUUUGCAUGAGCGGUUUAAGGCAUUCGAGUCGACUUCUUUCCAUCCUGAUGGGCGUACAUUUGGGAUUCAUUACGGAUCAGGACACUUGCUUGGUGUCAUGGGUAGAGACACACUCAAGUUGGGGGAUAUAACCGUGGUGAACCAGGAGUUUGGGGAGUCGGUGUAUGAACCAGGUACCACAUUCGUCUUAGCGAGAUUUGAUGGGGUUUUGGGGCUGGCUUACCCUUCCCUGGCACAGAUCCUGGGAAACCCGGUUUUUGACAACAUGAUUGCCCAGAAGACUUUGGACGCACCGGUUUUCUCCUUCUACCUCAACAGGAGAGCGAAUAUCAACAGCCCAGAGGGUGAACUGUUGUUAGGUGGAACUGAUGAGCAACUGUACAAUGGACCAAUCAACUGGCUUCCAUUGACCGCAAAAGGAUUCUGGCAAGUCAAGUUGGACAGUGUGGCAGUGCAGGGCGUCAGCUCGUACUGUCCUCGUGGUUGCCAGGCAAUUAUUGACACAGGAACCUCCCUCAUCGCUGGACCGACCAAUGACAUCCUCAGCCUACAGCAACUGGUUGGAGCCACGCCUACAGCCAUUGGCGAGUUUCUUGUGGACUGUGCCAGAUUGUCUAGUUUGCCUCAUGUGACUUUCAUCCUGGGAGCAACAGAGUACACAAUGACCUCUGAGCAGUAUAUCAGGAAGGAGAUGCUCGGGGACAAGGAGUUGUGUUUCAGUGGGUUCCAGGCUGUGGACAUUGUGUCCCCAGAAGGCCCUCUGUGGAUUCUGGGAGACAUUUUUUUGACAGAGUACUACAGCAUCUUUGACAGAGGACAGGACCGGGUUGGCUUGGCACCCACCAAGCUCAAAGUCGAAGCCUAACUCAUCAGUUAUCAAUAGAUAACAGCUGUGUGAUCAAUAAAUACGUCAAUUACAACAAACUCC